AUGGCGCCGGCGCGCGCCAAGCUCCUGGAGGCCCUCCGGGCCGCCGAGCCGAAGAUGAAGCCGCCAAAGUGCGACCUGUAUGCCAACCUCACUGGUGCAAGGCUCCCUGCCGGCACGCCGGUCGAGGAGAUCAUCACCACCUUGGCGGACCAGCUCACCAACUGUGUCCUCUGGGAGUCUUGCAUUCGCGCCGCAUUGAAGGACGGCCUCUCCCAGUUCUAUGAGCUGGGCCCCAAUAAGCAGCUCAAGUCCAUGAUGAAGCGUAUUGACAACCAGGCCUGGAAGGAUACGGAGAAUGUUAUGGUCUGA